AUGAAAGCCGCCGAUCUCCAGAACCCGCCUUCCCUCCUCCUCAAACCCCUCCUCCUCUUCGUCUCCCUCCUCUCCCUCUCCUUCAUCGCCUUCCUCUCCCUCCAAACCCCGCCCAAAACCACCUCCAUGGCCACCGCCGCACCCGAAACUCUCCCGCCGGAUCUCAAGAUCCGUCCCGGCUACACCUCCUACGAUGCCUACCUCCAGCGCCAGCUCAACAAGACUCUCGACCCCCGCCUCCGCCAGAUCUGGACCACCCGCGACUGGGACCGCAAGGUCGCCGUCUUCUCCGCCUUCUUCGACAGCCUCAAGCGCCGCUCCUUCCUCUCCAACGCCUCCCGAUCCCUCUGCAUCGGGGCGCGGGUCGGGCAGGAGGUCGCCGCGCUGAGGCGGGUCGGGGUGCCCGACUCGAUCGGGAUCGACCUCGUGCCCCGCCCGCCGCUCGUCGUGAAAGGCGAUUUCCACCGGCAGCCGUUCGCCGACGAGAGCUUCGACUUCGAGUUCUCGAACGUGUUCGACCACGCGCUGUACCCGCGGCGGUUCGUCGGGGAGAUCGAGCGGACACUGAGACCCGGCGGCGUCUGCGUGCUCCACGUGCUGGUUUCGAAGCGGGCCGACAAGUACUCGGCCAACGAUCUGUACAGCGUGAAACCACUGGAGGCGCUGUUCGAUAAAUCGGAGCUGGUGGAGCUCCGGGAGAUCGACGGGUUUGGGUUGGACACAGAGGUGGUUUUCCGGAAAAGGAAGGGUUAG